UGAGAAAAUUUUAAUUCAUUUUACAAUUUAGUAUUAACAUUAUGUUUCUUGUGUGAAUAGAAAAUAUAAACUAUUGCAUACUUGUUGUAUGCACCACUAAAUACAAAAUUUCGACCAAUGUGGAGUGUCCCGUGUUCAGAAGCGUAUUAAAUUGCGAUGUCUGUCGUAGAUCACUAAGAGCCUUUUGAUUAGGUUUUCGCACGUCCUAUAUCGAACAAUCGUGGGUUUUUAUGCUAUUGCAAAACCACGGAAGAGUUAUUAUAGUAAAAAGUUUGAAGUUACGUAUGGUGUGUGGUGCAGUGCAGUGGUGAGUGGUGUGGACUGCAAUGAAGCAGUGAAGACGGCUGGGGCCGAUCCAGGGUAGCUGGGUGUCAUGUUGGAAACGCGGUCCGUUCGAGCCGCAGACUCGGUGUGGGCGAACAAGCCGCUGCCGGCGCCUCACGCCAUGGCCAACUCGAGGCACGGUAAAAGUGCUCAGGACGACGUCUGUUACGUGGUAGCCAAGUAUGAUUACGCAGCCCAGGGUGCUCAAGAGCUGGACUUGCGUAAAAACGAACGUUACUUACUCCUUGAUGAUUCCAAGCAUUGGUGGCGGGUGCAGAAUGCCCGCAGCCAAUCUGGAUAUGUGCCCAGCAACUAUGUUAAAAAGGAGAAACCUUCUUUAUUUGACAGUAUUAAAAAGAAAGUUAAAAAGGGUUCUGGUUCGAAAACCUUGCCCUCUAGUGGCUCCCCAGUUCGCGGGGGCUGCGGCGGCGGGGCGGAGUCUCCUGGUGGGCGGCGUGUUGAGCCCACCGAAGCCCUAGGGACUGCUGUGGUCAAAUAUAAUUAUCAGGCGCAGCAGCCUGAUGAACUGUCUUUGACGAAGGGAACAAGAAUACUCAUUCUCGAGAAGAGCAAUGAUGGCUGGUGGAGGGGACAGUACCAGGGGCAUACUGGAUGGUUUCCAUCAAACUACACAAGUGAAGAAGAUGGCGAGGAUACAGUUCAUACAUAUGCUAUGGCGGAAAAUGUUCUUGAUAUCGUCGUUGCUCUUUACUCAUUCACCUCGAACAACGAGCAAGAGCUGUCAUUCGAGAAAGGUGAUCGCCUAGAAAUAAUUGAGAGACCACCUUCGGACCCUGAAUGGUAUAGGGCGAGGGAUUCCAGAGGGCAUGUCGGUUUGGUGCCUCGGAAUUACUUGCAGGAACUAGCUGAUUACUUGGCUCAGCCUUACAGCGAGGCCAACGAAACCGUGCCCCGCGCAGUGGGUGGGUCGAGUUCUAGUGGGGCGGGGCUUGGGACACGCGCGUGGUACUACGGGGCCAUCACACGCACGCAUUGCGACACGCUACUCAACCAGCACGGGCACGACGGGGACUUCCUUAUACGGGAUUCUGAGACUAAUGUUGGGGAUUAUUCGGUGUCCCUUAAAGCGCCGGGUCGUAACAAGCACUUCCGCGUGCACGUAGAAGCAACCCUCUAUUGUAUAGGCCAACGUAAGUUUUCCACGCUCGAUCAGCUGGUCGCGCAUUACCAACGCGCCCCAAUAUACACAAAUAAACAGGGAGAGAAGCUUUAUCUCGUCCGACCACUUCCAAGAGCCACGCAGAACUGCUGAGCGGUUCACGUUGAGAUGUGAUUCCAGACGGAAUCGGUCACUGUUCUCAGAAUUGAAUGUGCUAUAGUCAGUUUUGUAUGGGGCUGAUUUCGUAGAUAAGUGAUUCCAUACUUAAGUAUUUGAUUCCAAACGGAAUCGUUAAACAGUGAGUUUAUGAAGGUUAAAAAUUUUGUUUGCUAUACAGUCAGUUGUUUAAGGAGUUGAUUCCGUGGAGAAGCGUCUCCGUACCUGAUUCCAAGCGGAAUCGGUCACUUUUUAUGAUUUUACAGAAUUUUAUUAUUUGGUAUAGAGUCAGUUGUUUAUGGAGUUGAUUCCGUACAUAAGUGAUUCCAUAAAUGACUCCAAACAGAAUCAGUGGCUGUUUAUAAAGCUUCAAAAUGUUAUUUGGUAUAGCGUCAGUUGUUUAUGGAGUUGUCGAUUCCGUAAAGAAGUGACUCCAUACUUGAUUCCAGACGGAAACGGCCACUGUUUAUUUUCUUUCUGCCUGAAUAACAUUGUGACGUGACUGUUUCCAUUCUAAUUGAAUUUGCAAAUUGGUGUAAGCAGUUUGUUGAGGGAGGAGGAUUCCGCGACACUGACCCGGAACGUGUUUCCUAUAAAAUUACGUGUAUA